GUGAGUGCCAAGCGCUGGCGACGCCGGUGAAGCUGUUGCUGCUGUAGGCGGCAAAGAUUUAUUAAAGAAGGGAUUUUGAUGCAAGGGCGCGCUGUCCGGUGAGAGGCCAUCUAUCCUGAUAUCAUAAAGUGUGUGUGCGCGCGCGUGUGCGUGCGUUUGGGAGAGAGAGAGAGAGAGAGAGAGAGGGAGGAGGAGGAGGAGGAGGGAGCCGCGGAGGAUGAGUUAUUCCUGUGCCGGCACUGAGGCAGUGUGUACCGGACAAGGAGCCUCCAGUAGCGGGAGCACCACCACUUCCGAAACCGACAGCAGCCCACCUUGCGGGACUAGGGCUUGUAAGAACCAGAGCAGCAGCUCCGAGCGAGGUGCGGCAAUGAAAGUCAAAAAAGGCUGCAACUCGACGGACGCAGGGAUCCCGGUGACUACGGAGGAGGAGCUGCUCAGGAAGACUGACAUCACUCCGGAGGAUGUGUUAGGGUUGCAGAAGAUCACCGAGAAUUAUUUGUGUUCCCCAGAAGAAAAUGUGUACCAAAUUGACUUCACUAGGUUUAAAAUACGAGACAUGGAGACUAGCACUGUGCUGUUUGAGAUCACCAAGCCCCCUGCUUCAGAGAGAACUCAAGGAGACAAGAGGGACUAUGAUCCAAAUGCUGGUCGAUUUGUCCGGUACCAAUUUACUCCUGCUUUCCUCAGACUCCGCCAAGUUGGAGCAACGGUAGAGUUUACAGUUGGAGAGAAGCCUAUCAAUAACUUCAGAAUGAUUGAAAGGCAUUAUUUCCGUGAGCAGCUGUUGAAGAGCUUUGACUUUGAGUUUGGCUUCUGUAUCCCGAGCAGUAAAAACACAUGUGAACAUAUCUAUGAGUUUCCUCCACUCUCAGAAGAAAUAAUGCGGGAAAUGAUCAUUCACCCAUAUGAAACUCAAUCUGACAGCUUCUACUUUGUUGAUAACAAGCUUGUGAUGCACAAUAAGGCGGAUUAUUCUUACAGUGGAGGACCUUAGGAAAAGACCAAUAAAAUCCACAAGAAGAAGAGGAGGGAGCACACGUGCGCGCACACACACCCACUGCAAUCCUAGGGAGUCUGGAACCUUUCUAGCAGAAGCUUGCCUGCCAUGUUUUGGAGGAAUGACUUGAGAAUUUUUCAGCGAUACCUGGUACCUCACUGGAGUCAAAUAGGGUCCAGAUAAUCCAAAGUAGUUCAAGUGGUAAAGUUGAGCAGUCUCACAGAAGUGCACCCUAUAGUUUCACUGAAGAAAUACAGUUCUUGCUAUUAAGUUGCUUUGUUUUAUGCACUUCUAUCGUUACUGCAAAUCAUUUCCUAGGUAGGAGUAAUAUAACUUUUGCUGUUGGAGUGUGGGUUUCUUUGCACACUGUAGUUUAUAAGAUGUUGUGUGUGUUGAAACUGCAGCCUCAAUAGACUGAGCCAUAAACACAAGCAAUUAUCAAAACAGUUUAAAGCAAUGUGUGUGUGUGCACACAUAAUAAAUGUGCGUGUGUGAUCGGAGUGGUCAUAGUUUAUAAUAGGGCCAUUAUAACUAACCUGCAGAAAUAUAUACAUUUAGAAAAGAAAAACACUUCAAUUAAUCAUUUUUAUUUUUUAUGGUGGGUGAAAGUAAAUUGAUACAUUAAGAAUAAAAAUAUUCCUUCUUAGCAGUGAGCGUGAUGCACUUUAUGGGUCAGGUCAAUGGAUGAAGAUAUAAUAAGAUGUGGGAAAAUUUGUUUACACUUCAGUGGUGCAGCUUCUACUGAAUCUGAGUAGAACCACAGAAUUUAAAAGGGAUGAAAAAAAUAUGCAAAAUGUUCUUCAUUGAAGUGGGAACAAAGGUCUGAGGCAGAAAUGUUGUUUAUUGUGAAAAAUAUAAGGAAUAAAAACAUGAAAGAGCUGUUUUGCUUGCUGAAAAAAUCUUAUUGGUUGGCAAUUAAUAUCUAAUUGUAAGUACGUAUUGCCAUUAAUAAAACAGACAUGCAACACAUUCAUAUCAAAUCCCCUUUUCAGAUUGCAUGAAUCAAAGUAAAACACUUUUUUUGUUGUUUUCCGUUUUCACUUUUCCCUGAUUGUGCCUAAGAAGACCACUUGGCCUGUUCUAACUCUUGCAAGAAGGAAAAACCUUUAGCAGACUUUUGGGUCAUCUUUUCUGUGAUACUCCUCUGGCAGCACAUUCCUAAUAAAUUUCCCCUUUUUCAUGCUAGUUAUAUAGAUAUUCCUGCAAUAUCAAAAAGGAGAUCAUGUCUGUCAUCUUAUUUCUCCAGUUUUAGACACUUCCUAUCUUUUUUUAAGUGGGCUUUAUUCAGAAUCAGUCUAUACUGUGGAUUUUCUAUUAAGGCAGUAUUGUUGAAUAAAGGAUGAAAGGAUUAGUUAUUUUUUAAGUUUCUUAGUCUUCAAGACCAGUCUUUACUUUGGAUUUUCUAGUUUGAUCUUUAUAUAACCAUAGUUAACAGAUAUAUUAUUUUUAUAGUGAUUGUUUUUAAUUUAUAGUUGAAUUUUUUAUUUUACUAAUCUGGUGUAAAGUGUAUUUCUAUUUUUACAAUUACGCAAUAAAAUGCGUUUUUCAAUGAUGAACAUUACAGUAUAUCACUAAGUUUAUGUUUAAAAGAUUGAGACUUAAAUCUGGGAGACACAUUUAGCCUAAAGUACAUCCAUGCAGACGAAACAUAUUUUAUUUUUUCAAAUUAUAUAUUAGGGAAAAAAUUGCAGACUGAAAGUUGUCCUCAAUGUAACAAUAAUUAUCUGAUAUUCUUUAAUACACCCAAAAUUGAAGUAAACUGUCCAUUUGUAAUAAUAUUAAGGAUGAAUAGAAGUAAUUCAGUUUAUACACUGUUGGUUUAAAAUCUAUUGUUGGCAUCUGAAAUGGAGCAGUUCACUCUGAAUUUUUUUAGUGUUCAUUGGCAAUAAAACAAUAUGACUACCUGUUAUAUAGCCUUCUUCUAGUGUGGCACAUCUGUUUGGAGGAGUUACAGAAAAAUUGGGCAUUCCACACGCAUCGGCUUUGCACAUAGUUUAUUUAGUUCCAUGCUGUGGAAAACACUGAAGAAAUUAUGCAUUUUGUUUGGCAAUUGUAGAACUUUUUGAUUUAACCAGGUAUACAUAUAAAA